AUGAUGAUCCUUAUCCUCCUCCUGUGUCUUCUAGCGAGUCACGCGGUCUCAUUGACGUUAUCAGAUUCAGUUUACAAUGUCACUGUUCAUGAACACGAUCGCCCUACCAUCUCACCUCACGAUUUCACUUGGGUUAAGAAGUGGGCAGCGGUCGGAGACAGCUAUACUGCUGGGAUUGGUAGUGGCAGACUCUGGACUGAGCGUGCCGAUGACCGCAAAUGUUCUCGCUACGAUCAGUCCUACCCGGGUCAGCUCAAGCACGUCUUUGGCCCUCAGGUGAAGCUUUUUGAGUACAAGGCCUGCAGUGGAGCUCGAACGGGGCAGAUCUUCGAGCAGGCCAGGAGUCUUUCCACCGGCCACGACGUGGUGGUCAUCAGCGCUGGAGGGAAUGAUCUAUGCUUGGCCGAUAUCAUCAAGACCUGCAUUUUCCUACCUGUUCAGGGCGAAGACAAAUGCCAGGAGGUCCUGGACCUGGCGCAGCACAACAUUGACACCAUCCUGAAGCCCAACAUCCGUGAGAUUAUCGAUAUACUGAGGUACAAGCUCAGCUACAACGGAAUGAUUGUCUGGGUGCUGUACGGCCAAUUCUUCAACCUCGAGAGUGAGGAGUGCGCCACACACCAGGAUUGGUCUUUCCCCCGUCUGGGGGUGGUCAGUGGGCUGCCUCUGACGAUUGAGCGUCGGCGCAAGUUCAACCAGCUCGUCAUCAACAUCAACAAGGCAAUCCGGGAGACGAUUCUUGGCGUCCGUGGGCAUGUGUACCAGAAUCCCUACAUCCGGAUCGCUGAUUGGGACGCUUUUGUGGGGUACGGCAUGAGAGGACAGUUCUGUGUCCCUGGCACGACGGGCGAGUACCCCGACCCCAGACAGCCAUACUUGCAUUUCUUCAAACCAGACACCGCAGUUGAUGGACAUCAGGAGCUGCGCAAGAGAGAAGUGGAAGCUAUAGUGAAUCUGCAUUUCGAUGACACCCCCAGUCUGCUGGCCGGCGAACUGCGCCCCAUGCUGGGAAUCAACACCACUAACACCACCACCAACCUGACCGAUCUUGCCCGCGUCGAAGCCGAGCUGAUCGAGCGUAGCCUGCUCCUUAAACCCCGCGACCCGUCUCCCCCCAACUGCCCGGCCGACGUCGGCUCCAUCAAUGUCGGCCUCCCCGAUGGCUGGGGCAAAUUCUUCCACCCGAACGAAUUCGGUCAUAAGACCAUCGCCUCGUUUGUGCUCAGCGAGAUCGUUGCGCAGCGCGCCGUGAUCAUGCAGGCCGCGAACCCGAUGUGCCAGACCAUGGACAACAUCUUCAAAUGCUGGCAGCCGGAUGGCCGCAAGGACUAUGCCUCUCCCGACCUAAUGAAUGCCAACUACAAGACCUUCUGCACGGAGUUCCAGCCGCCCACCAGCUCGCACGAGCGCGAGUGGAGCUCGGAGCGCUGGUUCGAUGAGCAGACGCCCGACACACACUGGUUCCGCCUGACCCUGCGCAACGGCGCCAAAUUCGACGUGCACCAGUGCCUCGAGAGCUUCGAUCGCGUCAUCAACUCGUGCGACGGCAACGACCCGGAGCACAACCCCCUAAACUGGAAGUUCGGCGGCCGCUGGGUGCGCGGCAACUACAUCUACGAGGUCAACGUGAUGAACUCAUUCAAGCGGCCCUGGUCCGUCAUCCGCGAGGUCGACGGCAGCUGCCACAGCAAGUACCGCGGGCUCUGGGACUCGUACUGGAUCCGGGGCCGCGGCUGGUCCACGGGCGACUUUGGUCAACAAUCGUUGCUUCCUAACGCCAAGUCUUGUGUCGGGGGCGGGGUCACGGCCUGGGACUUUAAGUAUCUCAAUGGCGCAGAGGAGAAGGAUGGCAUGGAGUGGGAGGUCUUCUUCCGCACCCCGAUUUGGUGCAAUCCCAGGUGCUUUGGCAAUAAUGCUGUGCAGCGCGCAUCCGGGGGGUUCACUCAUGGGUGUUAG